AUGGCGCGGCCCCGCGGCGGGCGGUGGCUGCUGGGGGUGCUGCUCGCCCUGUGCCGCCUGGCCGCGCCGCUCGCCAAGAGCCUGGAGCCCGUCUCUUGGAGCGCCGGCAACCCCAAAUUCAUGAGUGGGAAAGGGUUGGUCAUCUACCCGGAGAUUGGGGACAAACUGGACAUUAUCUGCCCCAAGGCGGAGCCGUCCAAGCCUUACGAGUACUACAAGCUGUACCUGGUGAAAAAGGAUCAGGCAGAUGCCUGCAGCACUGUCAUGGACCCCAAUGUGCUGGUGACGUGCAACCGGCCCGAGCAGGAGAUCCGCUUCACCAUCAAGUUUCAGGAGUUCAGCCCCAACUACAUGGGCCUGGAGUUCAAGCGGCAGCAGGAUUACUUCAUCACAUCCACCUCUAAUGGGACACUGGAUGGCCUGGAGAACCGGGAAGGAGGGGUCUGCCAGACACGCUCCAUGAAGAUCGUCAUGAAAGUGGGGCAGGAUCCAAACGCGGUGAUCCCGGAGCAGCUGACGACGAGUCGGCCCAGCAAGGAGGCAGACAACACCGUGAAAAUUGUGACACAGAGCCCACGCCACAAAGUCCCCACGGUGGAGGAGCCUGGCAAGCCAGGCUCCGUCAACCAGAACGGCCAGGAGACCCAAGGUCCCAGCGACGGGUUCUUGAGCUCCAAGGUCGCCGUUUUUGCCGCCAUCGGCGCAGGCUGCGUCAUCUUCAUCCUCAUCAUCAUCUUCCUCGUCGUCCUCCUGAUCAAGAUCCGCAAGCGGCACCGGAAGCACACGCAGCAGCGGGCCGCAGCCUUGUCCCUCAGCACCUUGGCCAGCCCCAAAUGCAGCGGGAACGCCGGCUCAGAGCCCAGCGACAUCAUCAUCCCCUUACGGACUACAGAGAACAACUACUGCCCGCACUACGAGAAGGUGAGCGGGGACUACGGGCACCCCGUCUACAUCGUGCAGGAGAUGCCCCCUCAGAGCCCAGCCAACAUUUACUACAAGGUGUGAGGAGCAGCCUGGGCACGCCACGCAGGAGCGCCCGAUGGGGCCGGCGGCGGGAGGCAGCGUGGUGCCCGGCCGCG